AGAAAACCUUAAGAAAAAAAAAAGAACAACCGCCAAAAAUGUCUUCCGUAGAUGCUCCAAACGUUUUAACUUCAACACAAAAGACCCUUAUUCGCUCAUGGUGGAAAAAGGCCACAGCAACAAACCCACGUGCUGAUUCAUUUAGAAACAUAAAAACACCCAUUGGUGAAAGAAGUAUUUUUGGCACUGCACUCUCAGAGUCAAUUAAAUACGCACACUCGAGUAUCUCGUACAUUGAUAACCACCUUGGAGUACAAUGCUUUGGUAUCAUUCCAACUAUCAUUGCAAAAUGUGGUUCUUAUCUUAAAGAAGAAGGAUUAACUACCGAAGGCAUAUUUCGUCUUGCUGGAAGUGCCAAACGUAUUGGGAUGCUCCAACAAAUCUUUGAGACCCCAGACCAGUACGGGCUUCAAUUCGAUUGGAUUGGAUACACUGUCCAUGAUGCAGCAAGCGUAAUGCGUCGCUUCCUUAAUCAUCUUCCAGAGCCUGUUAUCACCCUUGACUACUACCGCCCUUUUAAAGAUACAAUGGCAAUGUCGUUUGCAUCUACAGAAGCAAAAAUCGAGGCCUUCCAGACUCUUAUUGAAUGUCUUCCAUUAGCAAACCAGUAUCUCUUGCUUUAUAUUCUUGAUAUGCUUGGGAUCUUCUCCAGAACAUGUAAAGUCACCCGUAUGGACACCGCUUGUCUCGCUGCUGUAUUUGCACCAGGUAUACUCUCACACCCCAAUGAUGCUCUUAGUCCAGCUGGUUACAAAGAAUCUCAGCUGGUACUCGAAUUCCUCAUUGAGCAUCAAGAGAGGUUCACAAUGCCACGAUCGCGGAUUGCACUUGUUGAAAACUCCGUCUUGCCCAGAAAUCCAAGCACAAUCGGUAAGUUUUUUUUUUGGUUGAUCCUUAAUAUAUAG